GCGGCGCGGCGGGCGGAGAGCCGCAGGGCGGCGGCGGCGGCGGCGGCCCGGCCAUGUCGGAGACGGAGAGCAGCGCUGCAGAUGCAGUUUCCACAUCUGCUUACUCAUCACCAGCCAAAAGUUUGGGAGACCCUGGAAUAACGCCACUGUCUCCAUCACAUAUUGUGAAGGACUCUGAUGCAGAUGUUGCUGUGGAACAGUUAUUUCUUGUUGUUGUGGCUAUUGAUUUUGGCACUACAUCCAGUGGCUACGCCUACAGCUUCACCAAGGAACCGGAAUGUAUUCAUGUAAUGAGACGAUGGGAAGGUGGAGAUCCAGGCGUAUCCAAUCAGAAGACACCAACUACUAUCCUCUUAACACCAGAAAGGAAGUUUCAUAGCUUCGGAUAUGCAGCAAGAGAUUUCUACCAUGACUUGGAUCCAAAUGAGUCAAAGCAUUGGUUGUAUUUUGAAAAGUUUAAGAUGAAGCUACAUACCACUGGUAAUCUUACCAUGGAGACAGACCUGACAGCUGCAAAUGGCAAAAAAGUCAAAGCACUUGAGAUAUUUGCUUACGCCCUGCAAUUCUUUAAGGAACAGGCAUUAAAGGAGCUCAGUGACCAAGCAGGCUCAGACUUUGAAAACUCUGAAGUAAGAUGGGUUAUUACAGUGCCUGCUAUUUGGAAGCAGCCUGCAAAACAGUUUAUGAGACAAGCUGCCUACAAGGCAGGAAUGGCAACUCCUGAAAAUCCGGAGCAGUUGAUCAUUGCCCUGGAACCUGAGGCUGCCUCUAUCUACUGCCGAAAACUUCGCCUUCACCAGAUGAUAGACCUGAGUAGUAGGGCACCUGUUAAUGGUUAUAGCCCAAGUGACACAACUGCAACUGGAUUUACACAGGCUAAGGAACACGUCCGUCGUAAUCGACAGAGUCAUACCUUUUUGGUGGAGAAUGUCAUAGGGGAGAUCUGGUCUGAACUGGAAGAAGGUGAUCGUUACAUCGUCGUUGACAGUGGAGGAGGCACAGUGGAUAUGACUGUUCAUCAGAUCAGGCUCCCUGAAGGGCAUCUUAAGGAACUGUACAAGGCAACAGGUGGGCCAUAUGGUUCUUUAGGUGUGGACUAUGAAUUUGAAAAGCUCCUGUGUAAAAUAUUUGGAGAAGAUUUUAUUGAACAAUUUAAAAUCAAGCGUCCUGCUGCCUGGGUAGAUCUGAUGAUAGCAUUUGAGUCCCGUAAAAGGGCAGCAGCUCCAGACAGAACCAAUCCACUGAACAUUACUCUGCCUUUCUCCUUCAUUGACUAUUACAAGAAGUUUCGAGGUCACAGUGUAGAACAUGCCUUAAGGAAAAGCAAUGUGGACUUUGUGAAGUGGUCCUCCCAGGGAAUGCUGAGGAUGAGCCCUGAUGCAAUGAAUGCUCUUUUCAAACCUACAAUAGACCAGAUUGUUCAGCACCUUAGUGAUGUGUUUGAUAAACCAGAAGUGACCAAUGUCAAGUUUCUGUUUCUGGUGGGUGGCUUUGCUGAAUCCCCCUUACUUCAACAAGCUGUCCAGAGUGCUUUUGGUUCCAGAUGUCGAGUCAUCAUCCCUCAGGAUGUGGGGCUCACUAUACUCAAAGGAGCUGUCCUCUUUGGUCUAGACCCUGCCGUCAUCAAAGUGCGACGUUCCCCUCUCACCUAUGGUGUUGGGGUGUUGAAUCGGUUUGUGGAAGGGAAACAUCCACCAGAGAAGCUGCUAAUCAAAGAUGGCACGCGCUGGUGCACUGAUGUUUUUGACAAAUUUAUCUCAGCUGACCAAUCUGUAGCCCUUGGAGAAACUGUGACACGCAGUUAUACACCUGCAAAACCUUCUCAGUUAGUAAUAGUGAUCAAUAUCUACAGCUCAGAACAAGAUAAUGUGAGUUUCAUCACAGAAUCUGGAGUGAAAAAGUGUGGCACCCUUCGCUUGGAUCUCACAGGAACUGAUGCUUCAGUGCCAAACCGACGGGAGAUCAAAACACUCAUGCAGUUUGGGGACACUGAAAUCAAAGCCAUAGCCAUUGAUGUUGCCACUUCUAAAAGUGUCAAAGUUGGUAUUGAUUUCUUAAACUACUAGCAGUCCAUUUUCACCACCAUGGCCUGUUCGUGAGACUGUUCUUCCACUAUUUCAUUUUUUGACAUACAUAUAUCAUGUAAUCAACUUGAAUUUCAGCAGGCUAGAUGAGGACAGCCAGUAGGUAGGGAUAUGUCAUGUUUGUGACCUUGGAUGACCAAAGGCUGGAUCUUAAAAGACCCCUCAAAAGUUUGGGGAGCAAAGGUUCCGGAGGUAGUAAAAGUUCCUGAGUUGCUCAAGCAUGCUUAAAGCCCCACCAUUUUUAAGUAAUGCUGAUUGUUGUUGGUUGUUAAAUAUUAGUUAAAAGAUAUAAGAUCAUUAUGUCUUUGUUGUGCCCUGCUUCCUCUUCCUCCCUAGAAACACUCACCAAUUCACAGGGUGUUUGUAGGGAUUAUCUGUAUGAACAGCACCAUCCUCUGAAAAAAUUACUAGCUUACAGUCUUCUUUUGUUCUCUUGAUUUUGCCCUGUACUUUCAAAACUUUAAAUGCUGAAAGCCAGACACUUAAUGAAUAGAAAAUGAGUUUCAUAAUUUCUGAGAUUCCACUGAAAAUAAAAUCCUUAGAAUCCUUAAAAUUAGAUUUAAAAUACAAAAAUAUAAUAUAUAGGGUGCCUAAUAUUAACUGCUGUGUUUUGGAAAUAAAGCCUCUUUGUUAAAAGCUCUUAGAGCUAGCUUUGAGACUGAACAGCCAGCAUUGUUUUCAUUUAUACUUUGGAAAAUUGUUAAAAACAAACCUAUUUUCCUUUAAGGCUAAACUUUUUUUUUUUAGUCUCCAUCUGAAAUCACAGAAUCACAAAAUAGUUCAGGCUGGAAGGGACCUCCAUAGAUCAACUUGUUCAGUCCACCUGCUCAAAGCAAGGUCAACUAGAGCUGAUUGUUCUGGACAUUGACCAGUUGGGUUUAUGAAUAUCUCCAAAGUUGGAGACUCCAUAGCCUUUCUAGGCAACCUGUUCCAGUGUUUGACCACUCUCGCAAAAAAAAAAAAAAAAAAAAAAAAAAGAUUUUUUUUUUGUUUAAAUGAAAUUUCUUGUAUUUCAGUUUGGCCCAUUACCUUGUCUGUUUGCUGGAUACCACUGAGAAGAGUCUGUCCCCAUCUUCUUUAUGCCCUCUUAUGAGGCAUUUAUACACACUGGUAAGAUCCAACCCCUCCUUCCCUUCCCUCCCCCCCCAAGUCUUCUCUUCUCCAGGCUAAGCAGCUCUCUCAGCUUCUCCUUGUAUGUCACAAGCUCCAGUCCCUUAAUCAGCCUUUGGGCCCUUUAUUGGACUUGCUUGAGUACAUCCAUGUCUCUCUUCUACUGGGGAGCCCAGAACUAAACCCAGCACUCCAGAUGGGGCCUCAGCAGUGCUGAAGAGAGGGGAAAAAUCACCUCCUUCAGCAUGCUGGCAACACUGUUCCUAAUGCAGCCCAGGAUGCUGUUGGCCUUUGCUGCAAGGAGGGGCACGUUCCUGGCUCAUGUUCAACUUGCUACCAAGACCCUCAGGACCUUCUCUGCCGAGAUGCUUUCCAGUCAGUCAGCCUCUAGCCUGCACUGGUGCAUGAGGUUAUUCCUCCUGAGAUGCAGGACUUUGCACUUCCCUUUUAUGAAUUUAAUGAGGUUCCACUCUGCUUGUUUCUCCAGUCUCCCUGUGAAUGGCAGCACACCGAUCUGGUCUAUCAAUCAUUCCUCCCAGUGGUUGUAUUUUUUCUUGUUAAUCUCUGUUAAUUUUUGGAAAUACAGUAAGCUGAUGGCUGUCCAGGAAGUUUUAAACAAUUUAAAGGGGAGAAAAUGUCCAGAUCAAAAGAAUAAUAACUUAUUUCGAGUAGCAAACAUUUUAAUAAUGGAAAAUAUAUUUCUGUGUUGAGUUAACUUGCACUGAAGUGGAAGACAGAGGCCAAGAGAACAAAACUACAAAAAGGAUUAAGUAGAUAAAGCAUUCCUUAAGUAGCUAGGAGCAUGCAAUUAUACUACAGGGGGAGUACAAUGAUGGUCCCAGUAAGAUCUUGCUUACCAAAUAAUAACUUUCUAGAAAUAUUUUCUGAUGCAUAUUCACCUGGAGAAUUUUUUCUAGAGCUGACAGUUUUUAUUUUGUAAAAUCCUACAAGUAGGUAACUUGUGAAACCCUGGAUCUCUAUCUGCCAUGAACUGACAGCUUCUAAUGCAAAUCCAAAUCCCCAUUCAAAUUUGCAGACUGAUACUAAUCUGUAGAAUCACCCCCAAAUGCUGACACUUUCAAAGCUUUUAUACAGAGUUGAUUACCUGCUGGAAUUCAUUACAUUUUUGAAACUUUGCAAUGUUAGCUGUUAAACUUAACCUUCCUUUCUAAUAAGUUGAGCAUGAGUUAAAGCCAUUACUGACACUUUUGGGAAAUAAAAGUUUUAUCAAUUACUUCACUAAUUUAUAUUCCAAUUCUGCACUUCAGAUUUCUAUGUUUAACCUAGAGUUUUGCCACAGUAAAGAGUGCAGAACUGGCUGGCCGCAUUUUGCUCUUGAAUUUUGUGUCUCCUGCAGAAUUCCUGAGUAGAAUGUGAAAAUAAAUGUUUUGCAUUUGGUUAAUUAAAAAAAAAAAGAAAAAAGAUGACGACUAUGGAGAAUGCUAGUCACUGUAUCUGGCUGGAUACUUUCUGUAAUUACAAAGUAUGCUUGCUAGCAUUCAGUUUCCUGCUGCCUGCUAAAUGCUUUAAAAGCUAAAUAUUAGAAUUUUUUGUGUGUUGCUUUCCAUGGUUUACAAACAAGAGAAACUUUAAGAUGAGUUAUGAACAAUAUAAUUUUAUGUAUAUACAAUAUUUAAAUAUUGUACAGACUCUUUCUUUCUACAGUGCUAUUUUCUUGUAUGAAAAUGCUCUUUGCCUCUGUUGAAUUCAUUCAGCUGUUAAUUUUAAAUAACAUAGUUUUUCAGUCAGCUUCCAUAAUUAUAGGCUUUUAAAGAUGGUAAGAUAUGAAAUGUAAAAGGCUGAUUUUAUAAUAAUAAGAAAAAAAUGCCUGUGUGUCAGAGAAUACAGCGUUCUUCCUGCAAUGCAAGUCAUACCAGUUAAGCAUAUUACAUGGAUGCACUAGUAUGUUGGUAGGAUUUUCAUUGCUUUGUUUCAGAUGGUCACCCUUCCAUUUCUAACAGUUCAUCAUAAUAAUGGAUGAAUUCUCCUGUAAAAUCAUGUUAAAAUUUAGAAUGUAUGAUCUGGAUAUACAGCUUCUUUAACACUUUUUUUUUUUUUAAGGAUCUUCUCUGAUUAAAAAUUAUACUUGUUAAAGCCAGGCAAUAAUGACUUAUAGUAGCUGCAGAUCAGGUGCAAUAGAAACUGCUAGUCUAUCAGUGCCCAUACACAAAGUUCCUACAGAAAGGCAGGCUUCAGUAUCUUUGCAUUCUGCAUUUCACUGAAUGGGUCUAUUCUACACACACUUGUUUCCAGUAUAUUCGUGGCCUUAAGUUAGGGCAAAAUUCGGUCUAGUAAACUUUUGGUUACGUGGCUGCACCUCGACUCCCCUCUCCGCCAAAGAGGAGACCCAGUACAGAUCAUGUGGCUCGUGAUUUUUGUGCUGUUUUCAGCCUGUUGGCAGUGAAUAGUAACAGUAAUUUCUGCAGCUCUUCAGAAGUGUAGUUUUUGAACAGUAGUGAUUUUCUGCACUUUUGUAUUCACCUUUUAUAAGAUUCUAUGUGGAUCCAAGCAGGGUUUUGUUAAUUAAAUGAUUCUGCUGUAACUGUAAAAUGUGAAGAUUUGGCAUAUUUUUGCACUUCCUCAUUACCAAGCUUACCUUUGCAGAACAGGGAACUACUGAGCAAACUCCCACCUGACCUCAUUGACCUCUUUACACCCAAGAAUGGAAAAUUAGCUUGUUUCUCUAGUGAAUUAGAAUAAGGAAGUAGAAUGUUAUGCUAUUGUCUGUAGUCUGUAACCCUGUUGAACAACUUUAUAUAUGUAAGUGACAUACAGAUGCCCGAUUUGAUAGUGAAGGUUGCUAGGCUAUGAAAUUAAUAUGAAAUUUAUUAGGGAAUGAGUCAUUUUUAGAAUAGUAAUUCUGUAACUAUAGCAAGAUAUUCCUGCAGAGCAUUUUUUCUGUAGGGAUUUCAAAUGGCAUUGGGCAACUUAGUGUUGAAAAGGCCUGCUAUCCUUAGGCAAAACAAGCAGCCUUGACAGAAGUUUUUCUUGAGCAGCAACUUGUAAGUGUGGGUCAAAGUUACAUGGCUCCAGGCUGAAAGUUAGCAGCUAAUUGUGAUAGAAUUCUAGAAUUGUACUAGAAUCUGAUAAACAUACAGUGAUGGUUAUAACAGGUAAUAUUGAUAUAUUCAUACCACUGUAUAUAUAUAUACAGGAGUUUUAAUGCAUUAUUAUGAGAAGGCUAAUUAUAUAUUGCAGAGAUUUAAUCACCAAGAUAAGCUGCAUAUUUAUAAUAUGAAGUGGCUUAAGCGGCUGAAUAGUUUAAAAGUUGUUGGGCAUAAUGUCACAGUACUCACCUGCUUAAAAUAGUCUUAAACUAUAUUAUAAAACGAACCAUUGUGGUCUUGUUCACCUCUGUGCAAGAUAUGUUCAGAUUUCACUGAUGCUUGGAGCUGUUCACAAGUUGUCUGGAUUGUAUCUUGAGUGCUUGUGUCUUCAACCAUGUCAAAUAAAAUAUGAUAAAACUAAA